AUCCAAUUGAACGAUAUUCCAAAUAUAAAUAAUCUAUGUUUGGUAACAUGGUAAACCACUAGUCAAAUAAUCAUUUAUUUAUAUACUUCACCACUAUCCUACUAACAUAGAGAAUUACUGAUAAUCCACAAGCGGCUUGUACUUGAGUUGGUUUAGAUAAUUUCUCUCCUGCAUACGAAGUCCCGAGUUCCAUUCCUCCCUUCCGGCAUCGCUUGUAUCAAAAAGGAGAUUUCUGACAACCUAACUUCAACAUGGCAGAGAGCAAAGUAAUUGUGUUGAAAGUAUUAAUGCAUUGUGAAGGAUGCCAAAGUCAGGUUUCCAAAUGUUUGAAAAGUUUUGAAGGCGUUGAGGAAGUUGUGGUUGAUUACCCAAAUCAUAAAGUGACAGUAAAGGGGAAGAACGCCGACCCUCUAAAGGUUUUGGAGAGACUACAAAACAAGUUUAGUAGAAAUGCUCAACUCAUAUCUCCAAUACCAAAACCACAAAACCAAGAGCAAAAAGAGCCCAAAAAGAAAGAAGCGGCUCCGCCUGAGGUUAAAGUUGUGGUGCUCAAAACGUUGAUGCAUUGUGAAGGAUGUGCAAUUGAUAUCAAGAAAUACUUGGAGAAAAUGAAAGGUGUUCUAAGUGUGGAAGCGAACAUGGAAAGGUCGACGGUGAGAGUGAGGGGAAUAGUUGAAGAAGCAAAGCUGGUAAAGUACUUAAAGAAGGAAUUAGGGAAGCAUGCUGAGAUAGUGAAGCAAGAACAAGAUGAGAAGAAAGAGCAAGGCAAGGACAGCGGUAGCAACAAUUACAGAAGCCGAGGAGGAGGAGGAGGAGGAGAAUGUGUAUUCCAAUAUCCACCUCAAUAUUCAGCUCAACACAUUUACCCUUGUCAAACAUUUAGUGAUGAAAAUCCUUAUGCAUGUUCCAUAAUGUAAAAAGCAAUUUAAGAUUGUAAUUGUAGCUCUUUCCUCC